CAAGAAAUUCAUGAAAUCCAUCAAUCCCAUUGAACUCGAACCACAUAGAUGUCAGCUGAUAGAACCAGUUUGAUCGAUUUACCAACCGAAAUCUUAUUAGAUAUUCAUUUAUUAUCAUCAUCCGAAAACUUACCUAUCAUUUGUCAAAGAUUUAAAGAAAUCUUUCAUCAAUUUACUACCAAUCGAUAUCGAGCCAAUUAUUUAUGGAGAAAAUAUAUUUUAACAGAUUAUUUAUUUCAAGGAGAAUUCCAAUGGAAAUCACAAAGAAAACAUAAAUGGGAUUCUAUUCUUACGAAUCGAUGUUGUACACUUGAAGUUUUAAUGAUUUUAAGAAAAUUUCAUCAAGAUGAAUUUAAAGAAACUUCAAAAGAUCUUAUCUCUUCAUCAUUAAGACCGACUCGGUCACCCAAGAUUUUCAUUAGUCAACUUCCUACUAGAUUAUUUAAACCAAUGACAUCUAAAGAUCAAAUCGAAUUAACCCACUCGUUUCAGUACAUUUCGAUUCUUUUAAAAGACUUCAACGUUUCACCCAAACGACUUGGCGGCUAUCCUUUAUCCCGUUCAAUCCUAAGUGGCGAAUUAAACUUUAUUCGACUUUUCUUAACCUAUGGAGCGAACCCAUCAGAUAAAGAUAAUUUGAGUAUCAUGAUUGCUAUCAAGACGGGUGAUUUGAAUUUAGUUAGAAUGUUAAUCGAAGUGGAUUUCGUUCAUCCGAAUGAACUUGAAGAAUCUAAAAAAAUCGGUUUGAACUAUCAGCUUGAUGGUUUGAAGUCUCAUAAGAAAAUCAGGUUAGAAGAUCGGGUGAAGGUGGUGGAUGAGAUGUUGGAUAAAGCUUUAAAACGUAAAGAUUAUAAGAUGGGUGAAUAUUUUAUGGGUAAAGGUGCUAGACCUACAUUAGAGACUCUUAAAUUAGUCGAGUUUUGAAUUCCAUCAGUUCAUUCAUGCAUCCAUUCAUCAUCAUUUUCCAACCUUCAUCAUGUAGAAUCAAGUAGCUAUCACUUCAUUUGACUUUCUGUUCUUUUGUUUCCCCCCCUAGAUCACUUUUAAUGUUUUGCAUAUCUCAUUGACAUUUUAUAAGAAUUUUGAUUGCAUAUAUGUCUUAUCUAUUUUUUCAAUCAUAUCAUUUACUGAACUUACAGGAAGUACAUAGGUCUGUAGAUCUGGUUUAAAGAUGAGGUAGGUUUCCAUGUAUAUCAAGGAAUAAGCUUGGUUAUCUGUAGUGUCACGAUUC